UUGUGAAGAAAAGAGAGAACCAAAUGGGAAAUCCUCAUGUAUUGGUUAUACCUUUUCCGGCACAAGGCCAUGUACUUCCUUUAAUGGAGCUAUCUCAAUGCUUAGUGAAUCAUGGCAUCAGAGUCACAUUUGUAAACACACAAGAGAAUCAUAAAAGAGUUAUGGAUGCAUUAGUGAUGAAGGAUGGUAUGGGGGAUCAGUUUCAUCUUGUUUCGAUUCCACUGGUACAGGAGUCUUCUGAGAAUACAGGUCAAUUAGCAGAGAAGCUUGUUGAAGCAAUCCUCUGGCUAAUGCCAAAAAAAGUUGAGGAGCUGAUUGAACAGAUUAAUGCAUCAGAUAGUGAUAAGAUCACUUGUGUUCUGGCAGAUCCAGUUCUCAACUGGGCCAUGGAAAUUGCAGCGAAGAAGGGAAUUAGGCGAGCCGUCUUCUAUUGUGCAGCAGCCACACAGCUUGUCUUAAGAUCUAGAAUCCAAAAGUUGAUUGAUGAUGGAAUUGUUGAUGAUGAUGGAAUUCCAAAGAAAGAAAUGUUUCAGUUGUCAUCAACCAUGCCUGUCAUGAGCACAGCUCACAUAGGAUUUCUCUGGCUUGGCACAUCGAAAAUGCAGAGACUGUUUUUUGAAAACACUGUUAAAAACAACCCAUCAAUACAAUUGGCAGAGUGGGUGCUUUGCAAUUCAACUCAUGACCUUGAGCCUGCAGCUUUUAACACUGAUCCAAAGUUCAAACAAAUUGGUCCACUUUUAGCAAGAAACCGAUUUGGAGACUCGGCAGGGAGCUUCUGGCCAGAAGACUUAACUUGUCUGAAAUGGCUUGAUCAACAACCAGCACAGUCAGUCGUAUAUAUUGCAUUUGGCAGUACAACUAUUUUUGACCAAACUCAGUUCCAAGAAUUGGCUAUGGGACUUGAACUCUCCAACAGACCAUUCCUUUGGGUUGUGCGUUCUGAUAUUGCAGCGAAAAUAAAUGAUGCCUAUCUGAAAGGAUUACAAGACAGAAUCGCGCCUCGAGGGCAUAUAGUUAGUUGGGCGCCUCAACAGAAGGUUCUGGCACAUCCUUCCAUUGCUUGCUUCAUAAGCCACUGUGGAUGGAACUCCACCAUGGAAGGCAUAAGCAAUGGGGUCCCGUUCUUGUGUUGGCCUUACUUUGCAGAUCAGAAACACAAUGAGAAUUACAUUUGUAAUGUUUGGAAUGUUGGAUUGGGGUUCAGCAAAGAUGAAAGUGGAAUAAUUACAAGAGAAGAAAUCAAAAGUAAACUGGAGGAACUGCUAGAUAAUGGCAAGUAUAAAGGUAAUGCUUUGGAUCUCAAGGAAAGUUUGAUGAAUAACAUCAAAGAAGGUGGUUGCUCCUACAAUAAUUUCAAGAAUUUUGUGGAAUGGCUCAAGACAUAAGUAAGGUCUUCCGAAAUCGUUAAAACUUCAUUAUAUAAGAUUCUGGGUAUCAGUUGUUUCUAUAAAGUUUUUAUUUGUCAUGUAGUUCAGGAGUGCUCAAUACUUGUUCAAGAAAUUAUGAUACUUGGACUAUGAGGAAGAACGGUAUCUUCGCUUUGGAUAAACCUACCCGUUUCUACUUGUUUUUGAAGAACAUUUAUAUCUCUAAUCAGAUAAUGUGAAAUUUCGACAUCUUUUU